UGUGUGUUUCCUCUAGUUCUUUAUCAGAGUCCCCAAAAUAAGUAGGAAUGGGCAGCGUCUGCACACAGGCCUCGCACCUUUUCCAUUCGCUAACACGGCCUGCACUGGCUGGGAGGAACCCUUCCCUGCCUUAGCCUGGGAGAGAAGCCACCCAGACCAUCCUGAGGCACCAUGCAGCUGCUUCAAGUGACUGCCCUCUUCUUCCUUCUCUCCUCCCGUGUCUGCCGCAGUGAGGACAGCGAAGAUGUUCAAAGUAAAGUUACUCCAUCACUGCCAGAAACUUCUUCAACAAAAUCAUCUGUCACAACAUCAGCCAUUGUGUCAGGAACAAAUCUGGUUAACAAAACAACAGCCGGAACACCUCCUAAAGGAACAACUGAUGGUGAAUUACCCAAAUCUCCUUUGACGCAAACACUUACUUCACUGACCACAGUAAAACGUGAAGAAACAACAACUCCUGGUACCAUAAAGAACCAAGUUCUCACUAUGAACAUGACAGUACCAAGUCUUCCUACUUCAAAUGCUGUUUCAACGUUACCAAGUUCCCAGCACAAAACUGAAAAUCAGAGUUCAAUCAAAACAACAGAAAUGUCAGUUACCACUCAACUGCCAGAGGCCUUGUCAAAAACCAUCGUGUCACCCUCAGCAUUACUAACAACUGCAAAAAUCAUCUCGAAGCUUCAAGACACUGAGGAUGGGAAGAUUCCAGCCACUCCAUCAACCACCCCCUCUUAUUCCAGUAUUAUUUUGCCUGUGGUUAUUGCGUUGAUUGUUAUAACACUCCUGGUAUUUACUCUGGUGGGUUUGUAUCGAAUGUGCUGGAAAAGAGACCCAGGCACUCCGGAAAGUGGGAAUGAUCAGCCUCAGUCUGAUAAAGAGAGUGUGAAGCUGCUCACUGUUAAAACAAUCUCGCAUGAAUCUGGCGAGCAUUCUGCACAGGGAAAAACCAAGAACUGACAGUGUGAUGGAUCCUUCCUACACCUGGGCAAUAAAUAUGUCUAAUCUUCAGCUUCUAAGUUCCAAGAGUGGGAAGGAGAGAGCCCUGAGGAACCAGUGCCAAUUCACAGCCUCCUCGCCAGUCUACACCAGUUGCCUGUCCCAGCAAAGGAAAGACAUGCCACAAUCCGACAGAAACAUAGAGAGUUCUAGAUAUCUUCUGUCUGAGAUGUAGAAAAUCAAAUGACUCUAGUUUUCAGGGACAUCUCUAGGAAGAACUCUUGUGAACAGUGACCCCUCAGUCCAGGCAGGUGUGCUCCUGGGAGACAAGCCAUAGCUGAGUUUAAAGUUUCCAGAGCUUACAGCCUUGAUUCGUGGAGACCUGCCUGUCUUCUUUGUGUUAUUAUAUUAGUUAGUGUUAGUAUUUAUUGUUUCCCAUUAUGUUAAUGCAGGGAGAAUUUGCAAUUGUGUUAUUAGAUGUUAAGUAGAAAUCAUACCAUGUUCCUCUGUACAGACAGGUAUGUUACUCAUGUUUUUAUGUGUUACUUUUAAUAAAUAAUGGCUGUACUCAGUACACUAAACAUUA